AUGGCUCGAGCGCGGCAGGACACUUCGGAGCUGGCAGAGAGCCUUCGCAGCAGCUGGGGGACCGCAGAGGAGUUGGAGUUGGCAGAGUCUGGAGAAGAGCUGGGUGGAGGCCUGGGUUACAUCGGUGCUGCUCCCGGGAUUCUGGCGGUGGCGAAGCCAGCGGGGAUCACCUCUGAGGCUGUCAUGCAGCUGGUGUCAAGGUGGCUGGCACAGCGAGGCUUCAAUGCCGAGAUCAUGAGACUCUCCCGUCUGGAUGCACCGACCUCUGGUGUGCUGCCCGUGGCCAUGGCCCCAAGUGGAUCAGGAGUGGCGAGCUGGUACCAGCUGCUCUUCGCUGCACGCAAG